AUGGCGCUGCAUCAGCUCUUCACGUUGGCAUUUGCGCUCCAACUCGAGCCGCUCCCCACACUCGACUACACCACCGUACCAUACGUCAAGGAUCCAGAGCGCAGCGCCGAUUCGCUUCAAGAGCCGCAGGGCCUCCGCGUCGGUGCCAACACCAAGCUCGAACCCAUCCAUACCCCUCACCCGCCGCACUCGGUCGACACCCUUUCUUUCCUGCUCAAUCACACUGGCGCUGUAGACGCAGUGCAGCCCUUCUCCAAACUCAUCCGUCUACUUGACGACGCAGACGACGAUCCCCAAUUCCGCAAUUUGCGCGAGUUCUUCGACGCUCGAUAUGACGAAAACGGACUGCUCGUCGGCGCCGAAAAGGAACCUCGACGUCGUAUGCGCAGUAUCUCUCGCGCAACUUCCACAAAGCAAUCCGGCCGUCGAUCCAGUCAGGUCACCGAAGGGCGCAAACCUUCCUUUGCUGCCAGUCUCGGCGGAAGCAGCGCACUCAAGCUCAGCUGGCUCCGGCGCAACAACAACUCGGAUUCGCACACCCACGAGGGCUCUGACGAUGAAGAUACCCACUCAAAAGGCUCCAGUAGCGGCCAUCAUGCCAGCGCUGCGCCACCCUCGGCACCCUACAUUCGUCUCUCAAAGCGACAGCAAUCUUCCUCUCCGUCCAGCUCCCACUCCUCGUCGUCUCGGUAUUCUCAACCCACACACGACACCACACAACUGGUCACCUUCCACGUACGACUCGACUUGCAUACCGUCGGUCUUGCGCCCCCACCACCCAAGCUACGUUCGCAUCGCCAAGCAGAGUCGUCUGGUUCCGGUUUGAAGCGCAUCGGCUCGGGCAGAUCCACCACCUCGUCCGAUUGGAGGAAGCGCAGAGGUCGGAAGUCGAGUCUCUCCAACGCAGACAACACACUCCGCCCUGUAAUUAGCCCAGAGAGCAUGGCUUCGUUCGGCGCAAUCUCGGCCGCUGCCCACGGUGAAUCCGACUUUCAGCAAGCUGGUGAUUCAGGCUUCAGCAUCGACACAAAUGACAGCCACGGUGAAGCCGGAGGCAGCUCGAGGUCCAAACCGAGGCCGACCGUCGAGAUUCCUACCCAAUCUUCAACGGCGGACGCGGCCCUACCAAGCAUCACAGAAGGCGCCGUCACGAGCCCCUCGCAGCUCGUGUCUCCCGCUUCCUCUGCCAAGCCGGUCAGACGGUCUUCCAUGAUGUCGAAGCUUUUCAAUGUAGGCAGGAAGAAGUCCUUCCAGGAUCGACACGGAGCGGAUGGACACGACGGUCAACUCGCCUCGCCAGUACUUUCUCGCGACGACGCAUCAAGUCAUCGCACAGACUUUCGCUCCGGCCUGCGAGGCACACCGUCGAACGAAGAGGCACUCGAUCUCGACGAGGAGGAGGAAGACGGAGCUUUGCGUGCUCAGAUGAUGCGUCAGUCCGCCAAUGGAACGAGCACACAGGGUCGACGACGCAGCUCGGCCGGAAGCUCAGGCAAGCAGCACGCCGCCGCCAAGCAGCUAAAUCAUCAGACCCUCGGCCCUGUGCGAGAGGACGGCAUGGUCGAUCUUACUAUGGUCUCGUCGCGCUCCACUGUCGAAACAUCCUUCUCGGAUCAAGGCAUUCUCGAGGAAUCUGUUGGCGGCAACGUCUUAGCUGGGAACGAACAAGGUCAAGCAGCCAAGCGCCGUCUGGCGGCCGUCAUGGAUGGCGGCGACUUUCUCACUCUUUUCCGAUCCGCUUCGGGUCUGGUGCUCAAGUCCAUAGACGAGUCUGCUUAUGACGCUGACGGUGAUGGCGACCAAGUGACUACUCCAGGGCAGGAGAACGUCCGCUCACCCAGGCAAAGGCGAGCGCAGAUCGCUGACAAUGGCAGCACGGACACGCCAUCCAUCAGGACUCCCCAGGUGCAUCCCACGACCAGCCCUCUACCCACGACACCGGGUCAAUCGCUUCGCUCGUUGGACCUCGACCGCUCUCCCCACCCACAUUCUGGAGCAAGCAACCCAAUCGAUGCGAGCUUCAAGUCAGCCCUCGCGCAGCAGGAUGGCGAAGAGCAGGAGGCAUGGUGGCCAUGCGGCGAGGUCGAUCCUCUGCCCAUCAGUGUGUCCAGUGCAUUGGGGGAAGCCCUUGGUUGGGAGGGAAUCAUGCACCUCUGCUAUGGCAAAGGCAGUCGGGCUGCGGCAGAAGGAAGCUACGCUGCUCUCGGCAAGGCUGCGGCCCUCGAUCAAGCCAACAAGGCGCAGGAAAGGACGGUGCAAGCUUGGAGAACGGGUGUCGUCAGCGCAGGAACGUCGCCGCCCAAGGCAAGCGAGAAUCCUCCGUCCCUGCUUGACGUUGGCGGGGCUGACGCGACCGAGAUGGCCGAUUCUCUAGCACAAAAGCUCAAUCUGGAUCCGGUCGACUCGCUCCCGGAGACAACCAACAAUAACUCGCUCCUUGAGCGUCUCCAAGGGAAAGUACCGCCACGAUCUUCCACUGUUCCUGACCCGAAUCAACUGGCGGACAUGCUGGAAGGCAAUGGCGCUUCAAGUGCUCCGGCCGGCUGGGCGCAGGCAUCGUUGCUCUUUGGCAGCAAGGUCAACCACUCGAGAACGUGGGAGCACUGGCAGGCGCUUUUCAAGAGCAUCAAAGGGUGGAUCGACGAGUACGAAAAGGCGAGAGUGCGUGGUGGUCUAGCUCGCGAGAUCGGUCUCGAUGCGCCCAUUCCGCAGACGCAAUCAGACAACGCCGCAGAUGACAGCGACAAGAACAUCACCAUUUCUGCACCUAUCCUCAUCGAUCCCGACCAUCCAGAUCUGCAAGUCCCGCUGACCAUCGGUUCGCCGCCCUCUGCGUCGGCGGAGGUGCUCAAAGUGUCCAAAGACAAGGUGGACGCGACGAUGCUGUCCAAAGUGCUGGGCACCUCGCUGAGCAUUUCCCCUUGCGUGUUGGCGGACGCGACCAACCGAGCCUUCGGCUUCAGACGCCGGGGCGGCAUUCCAGAGGGCCUUCCGCUCGGUCCCGAACUGGAAGAGACGAUUGACUACACGUGGUCACGCAAGAGGCUCUCCGUCGAACACUUUGCCACUGCGCUGACCAUCAGCUCCGACAGCGCACUGCACUACUUCGGCCAGCUCAGCAGCAGCAACUGGCCACACCGCUCGGCGUGGGAACUCGACUACCUCGAGAUGUGCGUGUUCAAAUCGCCGCUGGUAGCGGACCGCUUCCCGCCGCCUGGCGAUGCGGUGGUGCCACAGACCCAGUCGUACCGCCCAGCUGAGGGUGCAGAGGACCGCUCACGAGUGUGCCCCAAUCCGGACGAGAAGGGCGCCUGGGAUCCAGAUACGUGGAAGAGAUGGCUCGCCGGGAUCAAAGAGGGCGAUAUCAUUGUUCCCGCCAUCGCGUGGCAGGCGUGGUGGACGCUGAUCUCGGUGCUCAACGGCGCAGAUCGGACGGGGAGAAGUUACGACCUGCAGGUCAAGUCUGAGGAGGAGCCGUUUGAGGCGCUGACCGAUCUCAAUGCGGUGUAUCUGUAG